CGGCUCGGGUCCUGACACUCUCCAAAAGUCCGCAUGGCACUUAACGGAUAACGGAGACGCAGACACAUCUACUUCUGUUUCUCGGCCCAAGGACGGAAAACUCUCCCAGAUACAGCACGGCACGGCACGGGUCCGAGCCUCUGGAGGCCCCUUCUCACUGCUGGGGUGGGAAACUUUUCCCACUAACUCGCGAAGCCGAAACCUUCCAGCUCUGCUGAGCCCAACCCCAGAGUCAUGGCAGAGAAGCGGCGCUCGCCGUGCGCUCUGAGCGUAAAGGCGCACGCAUUCUCGGUGGAAGCCCUGAUUGGGGCGGAAAAACGGCGCAGGACGACCGGAGAGGAGGAUCUGACCCCGGGAUACGAGGACGGAAAGGAGGUUUCAGAUUUAACCGGGAGUCCGGGACUUCGAACCGGCAGAGCGUGCAGCGGGGAAGCUGACUGUCCGAGUGACGGAUCACCCGAGAGCGAAGAGGCGCUGCUGGAGAGCCCGCAGCCCGCAGCGCUGUGCAGCGUACCUGGCACCGGCACCGGCACCGGAGAGGACACCCGAGUGGACCUGCAGGGAUCGGACUUAUGGAAACGGUUCCACGAGAUCGGCACGGAGAUGAUCAUCACCAAGGCUGGACGGCGGAUGUUCCCCGCUAUGCGUGUGAAGAUCACAGGGUUGGACCCCCAUCAGCAGUAUUACAUCGCCAUGGAUAUAAUCCCUGUGGACAACAAACGUUACAGGUAUGUGUAUCACAGCUCCAAGUGGAUGGUGGCGGGGAACGCCGACUCCCCCGUUCCUCCCAGAGUCUACAUCCACCCGGACUCUCCGGCUUCAGGAGAGACCUGGAUGCGCCAGGUGGUCAGCUUCGACAAACUCAAACUGACCAACAACGAGCUGGAUGACCAGGGACACAUCAUCCUACACUCCAUGCACAAGUACCAGCCGCGGGUCCACGUCAUCCUGAAGGAGUGUGGAGACGACUUAUCUCCAGUAAGAGCCAUUCCAGUUGGGGAAGGAACCCGCACCUUCGCCUUUCCAGAGACGGUGUUCACCACCGUCACGGCAUAUCAGAACCAGCAGAUUACAAGGCUGAAAAUCGACAGGAAUCCAUUCGCCAAAGGCUUCAGAGACUCUGGCAGAAACCGGAUGGGUUUGGAGGCUUUGGUAGAGUCGUACGCAUUCUGGCGGCCAUCUCUCCGGACACUCACGUUUGAGGACAUCCCUGGCAUGGGCAAGCAAGGAAUCCCAGGAUCUCACGGAGGGAUUGGAACGCCAUCUCAUUUACUCUCGACUUCCCCAUGCUCAUCACCUUUCCAGGUUUGCCCUCUCAGCCCACCGGACUACGCCUGUAAUCGACCUACGCACCCCCUUCACCGCUACAGCAACCCCCCCGAGCCAUUCCACUCCCCCAGAGGUCCAUCCGGCUUUGAAGGAGAAGGAUUCUGCUCUCUUACUCUUCCUGCAGCUCAGCUUGGCUAUCUAUCUAACCCCGCCCCACAAGGCUACAGUGGGCUUCGUCUCCAUACGCCACCCUACAGCCUGUAUGGGUACACAUUCCCCCCUUCGCCUCGCCUUGCUGCCAGCCCAGAUAAAAUGGUCACUCCCAGUCAUCAGAGUCCGUUUCAUGGCUCGUCUCCCAGUGGGACUUUAACGGACAGUGUCGGUGUGCUCAGUGGAGGACAGCAGGGCUUCUUGUUUGACUCUCGAACUUUAGGAGUGGCAAGCAGCGUGCCAGGAGGAGGGGUGUCACAGGUCACGGCCCAUAUGGGAUGAUGUUGAAUCUUGUCAUAAAAACACAAUUUGGGUGUUUGGCUCAGAACGAAUUAAGAAAGAAUUAUCUGGACACAAAGCCAUACUGAACUUUGUAUGAAUGAAGUGGCAGAUCAACCUGGGGGGGGAGUAACGUUUAUAUCCUGAGCAAAUUAAGGUGUCCAGAAGUUGCUGAGUUAACUGGAAACAGGCACUUCUUGCAGUAAACAAUCAUCGCUUUCAACCUUCAAGGCAGGAAUGGUACUUCUUUGUUGCUCAUCAGCAUCCCUUAUAUGAGGUCGAUUGGUACUGAUGCACCUCAGAGGAACAGUUUUCUCAUUCAGCUUCCUGUCGAAGCAAAGCUAACCCACUCCUGUAGGCUUGAGGUACCAAAAGAGAAAAUCACCAUGGUAAUAGGAUGUCCUUUUGUUACGGGAAUAAGGUGCUACCAUGUGCAAAAGACUCAUAAAGUUCCUCACACAGAAUUUACUAAACAGUUACUAAAAACUGCCUAAAAUAAUAUGCACAACAAAACCCAGAAGUAUUCACAUUAUCUGGGCCUGGGGCAUUAACGUGACGAUGCCAUGGCAACCAUUACAGAUGUCACAGUUUGGCUAAAGUAGUUAAAACUGUGGAACAGACACAAAUAAUGUUUACUUUGACAGACAAGCUGACAAGGACAUGUGGUACGAAGAGGGGAAGAUUUAAAGGAAUCUGCACUUAAAAAUAAAACAAAUGCACCUGCUUUUGCUCCUUAGACUGGGUCAGGUGCAUGACAACCGACCCAAAACUGGACAGAAAACUCUCCGGUGCAAACAUGUCUCAUCACAAGCUCUUUGGCCCGAGGACAUUGACUUGUUCUGUGACCUUUUUGAGCCAAAUAAAAUAUAUGUAAUGACAUCACAUUGUAUUGAUCGGUUUUUCUAAUUUAUAUAAUAAAAAACGCCUUAAAUGCA